AUGGAAGAGGUCGUUGUUCCAAGACAUGGAGAUCAUCAUAACAUCAAUAUCAAAUACGGAUUUUUCAUAUUUGCCCUAACGAUCAUUCAAACAAUAUUUUUCCUUCAAGUGAAAUUUAUUCAAAUCAAACGAUGGAAUAGUACUGGACGAUUCAGUAAAUUCUGGUCCCAAAUAACCAACCCUCCAAUAUGGUUAAUGGUUACUGUUUGGCUAUUAAUUGUAAUUUUCACUGGGGGUCAUAAAAUAUCAGAUUUCCUGGAAGAAUAUAUCAUAUCGGCAAAAAGAUAUGGUAGAAUGGCAUAUUGUUUAAUACCAUUGAACAUAUAUCUAGUAUUGCGUCCCACAAACUCGCCAUUGUUGAAACCAGGUUAUUAUUUAGAAAAUAUGAGUUUACAUAAAUGGACUUCACGGAUAAUCGUCUUUUGUAGUACUAUUCAUGCAGCAGGAUAUGUCUAUAAAUGGAUUAAAGAAGGGGCCAUAUUGAAUAAACCAUUCAGAUUUCUUAAUUUGUUAGGGGUGGUUGUAUUUGUUUUUUUGGUUGUUUUGGCCAUUAUUUCAAUCAGACCAUUCAGAAGAAAAGUGUAUUCAACGUUUUAUCUCAUUCAUAAUGUCACUGCUUGGUCAAUGGUCAUUCUUAUAACUUUCCACGCUCGGCCCGGGGUGACAGUUUUUGCAGUAAUUAGUUUAAUUUUAUUAGGGUAUCAAUUAUAUUUAAGAUAUUAUUCUUCCUAUAUGGUCAAUUCAUUGAAGGUUAUUGAUAUCCCCACUUCAACUUUACAAAUCAUAAAAAUCCCUCAAUCGAAUAAAUUCCCCAAUUGGUUGCCCGGAUCACACAUUAGAUUAAAUUAUACAAUUCUGAAAUUCAAAUCAUGGACAACGGCUAGUCAUCCAUUUACAGUAGUCACUAUUCCGGAAGAUUCUACUAAUAAUCUCACUUUGAUUGUUAGAAAACCAAACAGCUUUGUUAUUAACCCAUUGGAUAGUUAUCUAGUAACUGGUCCUUACCCAUCUCUUGCUCCCCCAUUUUUUACUACUGCCAACAUUGUCAACAUAAUAUGUGGUGGAUCAGGGAUCUCUUUGGGUUUACCAAUUUAUCAUCAUUUCAAGAGCAUUAAUCUGACUGUUCCGGUGAAGUUGGUGUGGACAAUAAGGAACCAGAACGAUACUUUUAUAAUGAAUCAAUUGGAUAUGACUGGGGUUCAAGUAUAUGUUACAUCUAUUGGUGAUACUAACUCUGAACAGCAAGAAAAUCAACAACAAGCUGUUCCAUUAUUUGUCAUUGAGGAAGAAGAAGAGGAACAAGGACAUGGAUUAUUAAAUAAUGAUAAUGAAAACGGAAUUGAACUUCAAAAUAUGCCUAAAACUAAUGAAGAAAGUAGCGAGGCUAACAGUACUAACAGUAAAAAUAAUAAAGACAAUCAAGAAAGAAAAGAAUAUUUCAAAUUUGGUCGACCAAAAUUUGAUGAAGUUUUUGCUAUCGAUGACCCAACGACAACUUAUGAUUUAGAUAAUAGUUGGGUAAUUGCUUGUGGACCUGAUGAAUUGAUAUCGGAUGCUAAACGUUGGUCAAAAGAUAGAGGAUAUAGAUUUUACUAUGAAAAAUAUGAAAUGUGA